AUGGCAGAUGACGCGGCCGCGACAGGCGAGAAUGAAUUGCCGAAAAAGAAAAACCUAGCGAGGUACGCCAGGAAGUCCCUCUUGAAUUUCUGCCGUGUUCAUCUCCUCGCCCAAAACGAUUCAACGUCUAGCGACAAGUUCGCCCGCCACAUUUGCUCAUCAUCCUCCAACCCUGCAAAAUCUCGUGUUUUGCAAUCUCUACUAAAAUUGAGGAAAAAGGAUCCCAUCGGACUUGUCUCCGCCUUCAACGAUUCCUCCGUGAUGGAUCCCGUCCAGAACGUCCUCCGAUUCUGGUCCUUGUGCAAUGCCGAAAACGAACAAUGGUUCCUACAGAUGCUGACCACCCAAUUCGAGCCCCUCAUCGACAACAUCAAUUCCGGAAGACUCCAUGGCAGCUGGGAAUGGCUCACCGACAACGCAACGCUGACUACAAGCAUCGGUCUUCCACGGUACACUGGGACAACCUUCGAAGGUAUAGAGGCAAUCAACGAUCAUCUCGCUAGCCAAUACAAUUCCGAACCCCGCAUGGAGUUUGUUCCACUCCUCAUAACCUAUGGCCAAGGCCACAUUGCGUGUCAUGCGUGGUAUAGGCCAAGCGAUGAGGAAGUCCUCUCCAACCAUCCCGGCCACAACCUGCUCGUCACAGCGGACCUCAACGAUCACAAGAGACUAGUGAGAAUGGAAUUCAGAGAGUACACAAUUUGGGGACAGGAGACCUAUCCUGAAAGGGUCGACAAUUGCCGGGCUUGUAGGGAGAUAGCUUCCGAGAAGAGGAGUAUACUGAUGGAAGAGGACACAGAUGAGAGCUCAGGAGAUGAAAUAGAACUGGGGUUCUGGUCAGACCCUUUUUGGACAGGAAACCAUAACCACUGA